CACUUCCGGGUUAGCUUGCUAGCAACACUACGAGUAGCCAACAUGGACGCAAUGAAAACAUGGCCAGAAGUGGAGAAAGCGGCGGUAGAAAAGAGACGUGAACUUGUUUUGCAAGGGGCCGCAGCCGAUAAGAAGAUUUCAUCACACGGGGGUCUUCCUUCUGCCCUUUAUUCCCUCACGCUGCUUAAUUAUCUCGAGGUUAGCCAGUGUCCGAGUUUGACGGAGAUCCACGAGAACAUCCAGCGUCUGACAAACCUUCAGAGUCUCAUCUUGUGCAGGAAUAAACUCGCAUGCAUCCCAGAUGUCAUCAGAAGCCUCAAGUCCCUCAAAGUCCUGGACCUGUCUUCCAACAACCUCGGCCUUUUACCGGAUGGCAUCACCCAGCUCCACGAGCUAACCACUUUGAACGUGAGCUGCAACCGUUUGGAGGCUCUCCCAGACGGACUGAGCAAGUGCUCCAAGCUUUCAAACCUCAACAUGUCCAAGAACCGCAUCAGCGCCUUUCCGAGCGAUCUGUACUCGGAACGGCUGGACCUGCUCUGCACCCUGGAGGCCUCUGAUAACGCCAUCUCGGAGCUUGCCAGAGAUAUUCACAAGUUGCCAGCUUUGAAGGUGCUAGAUCUCUCCAACAACCAGCUGAGCGAGAUCCCGUCCAGCCUGAGCGACUGCCCCAAGCUGAAGGAGAUCAACUUCCGAGGCAACAAGCUGAACGACAAGCGCCUAGAGAAGAUGGUGAAUGGCUGCCAGACGAAGUCCAUCCUGGACUACCUGAGAGGGAAAGCAAGGCAGGGAGAGGAGCGAGGGGACAUGGACGGGGGGCGGAGCGUGAAUGACAAGAAGAAGAGGCAACAGCAGAAGAAGAAGAGGGAGGAAGAGCGUGAUGAGUUGGAAGAAGUCAACAAGAUGGUGGUGAGAGUUCUCCGGGUUUCCGACGCUCCCGAGGCACUUACGGUCAGAGUCGGCGCGGAGGUGAAGGACGUGCGACCUUACCUGGUUUGCUGUGUGGUCAGAGGCAUGAACCUGAAAGCCGGGAACUCUCUCAAGCGGUUCCUGGUGGCACAAACAAAACUUCAUGAGGACGUAUGUGGGAAAAGGACCACCGCAACCAUCGCCACUCAUGAUGUGCAGCUCCUCAAAGGCCCGCUGACCUAUGACGCCAAACCUCCCACACAGCUCAAAAUCGUGCCACUGGGUCGGAAGGAGAUGACGGCCGUCGAGCUGAUACGGCAUCUUCAGCUGGAGGCCGACGACCUGAGGAAGCAGAAGAAGAGGCAGAACGUCACUGGGCUCCACAAAUACCUGCAGCUUCUGCAAGGAAAAGCGCUCUACCCGUGUAUUCUGGAUGCGGAAGGACACGUGAUCUCAUUCCCGCCUAUCACAAAUAGUGAGAAAACCAAGAUCAAGAAGACGACCAAAGAACUGUUCCUGGAGGUGACGAGUGCAAAAAGCCUGCAAACCUGUAAAGACGUCAUGGACGCUCUGAUUGCGAAAAUGGCCGAAUUGAACAAGUUCACGGCCGAGCAUCGAGAAGAAGCGGGGUCUGACGGAGAUGGGGAGACCCCGCCCGACACCACACCCGCUGCAGACGCCUGCAGUGAACUGAUCGUCCAGCAGGUCCGAACGGUCGACCAGGACGGGAACCUGAAGGUGGUCUACCCAUCCAAGACGGACCUCUCCAGCGAUAUCCCCAACUUGACUGUCAUUUGGUAGCGCUGGAAAGCAUUUCCCACUUUUUUUUUUUUUUGCGCCGGGAUUGAAGUGAAAACUGGAUGAAAAUUAAAAUUAUCCUCACAUACCCGAAAACUAAAUCUGGACAAACAUUUAUUCAAGUCAGUUUACCAGUGAGACAACCAAAUAUUGCUGCCCUUGUACAAAAUCUCCAAAUUUUGAGUAUUUUCUAUUCCAAAAUUUAUCAUAUUGGUCAGUCCCCUUAUUUGUAAUAUCUAAGAUGUUGAAUUUUUUUUUUAGGAUAAGGGAUUUAAUUUCUUUUUUUUGUUGAAACGUGAGGGUUUUGGACAUGAUACCUCAUUUAUCAUGUUUACUAAUCGAGACCACCCCCGCAGUGAGAGUUCUGUUGUGGCAGACUUUUUUUUUUUUCCCCCCAUAAAGCUGUAUGAAUCUCAUCAGUCUUUAAUCUUUCCCCACAUAACAAACACUACCAUACUCUAACUUACAAAAUUUAUACUACAGUACUGACCAUUAUAGUUCAUGCUAAUUUUGAAUGUACUGCUGAACUAAGGAACGGGUGUUAAGGGGUGUCCGUUCAACAGCUAAAAUGUCCCUACUUCACUUACUGCAUACUUAUAAAAAAAACUUUUGGGUGGCAUGGCAGGACUUGACGUGUUCCAAUGAUACACAGCGAGUCUCAUUCAUUGGUUAAGUUCGAGACGUACAAUAAACAAAAAUCUUAGCACGAAGCAUGAGACUGUACAGGUAUUGCUUGUCUUUUUUGUUAAAAUGGUUUUAACAUGACAAUUUAGCGAUGUGAAUUAAAAUCCAUAAUAGGUGAACUGCAAUAAAAAGUUUCCUUUCGGCUUGUCCCGUUAGGGGGUCGCCACAGCGUGACAUCUAAGAUGGCCGCUCAUACUUGUUUGGCACAGUUUUUAAACACCGGACGCCCUUCCCGACGCAACCCCUCUCGGGGAGUGGAGGGAGGCCCCGGUGGGCUACGACCUCCCCACCCCUGGUUUACCAAGCCAAUGGGGGAACCGCAAUAAAGAAAUGACCAUUACUGCACAUUUCAACCAAACACCAGCAAUAUAAAAUCUUAAGUGUUCAAACUAUGCACAAUGUAAUCGUUUAGGAUAGCAAGACAAUGACGUGGCAUUUGGCCCAGAGUGGUACUCUCGGCUCACUGAAUUUCUGUAGUCAUAGGAACAUAACCACCCCCACC